ACAUUCGCGAUGAUCAGCAUCAGUAUCGUGUCUGUCUUGUUUCGGUGACGGUCUUUUGACGCGCGAUUACUGGCGAAAAUUGCUGUUUAUCCGUCAAGAUCCGCUUGUUUCCCUCAAUCGGGCUUUGUAAAUUCGUAGUUGUUUAGUUUUCGAUUUAAGUAAAUAAUGGCGAAUUUGAGACAAACCCCACUCACUUGCAGCGGCCACACGAGGCCUGUUGUGCAUUUAGCAUUUUCAGAUGUCACGGAAUCGGGAUACUAUGUCAUUUCGGCUUGCAAAGAUGGUAAACCUAUGUUGAGACAAGGUGAUACAGGAGACUGGAUUGGCACGUUUGAGGGUCACAAGGGGGCAGUUUGGGGAGUUGCUUUGAACCCUCAGGCCACCCGAGCAGCAACUGGUGCUGCAGACUUCAAUGCAAAGGUUUGGGAUGCAAUAAAGGGCGAAGAAAUUCACUCUUUUCAACACAAUCACAUUGUCAAGUCAGUCAAUUUCAGUGCCGACUCAAAUUACCUUUGCACUGCCUCCAAUGAGAAGCUCGUUCGCAUUUAUGAUCUCAAUAAACCAGAAGCAGCACCACAGGUAUUUUCAGGCCAUACGAGUAGCCUUAAACACGUUACAUUCUUUAACAAUGAUACGGCUCUAGUUUCCUGCGCAGACGAUAAAACAUUGCGAGUUUGGGAUAGAACCAGUGGCCAGGAAACAAAAAGAUUGGAUUUUCCCGCGAGUCCCAGUUCCAUGGAGGUUUCUAAAGACGGGAAAAUAAUCACCACUACGCACUCGAAUGUUGUUUCCUUUUGGGAUAGCAAGGAAUUGACCAAGAUACGAGAGUACACGGUUCCCACGCAAGUCAAUAGUGCAAGUUUGCAUCCCGACUGCUCUAUUUUCGUCUGUGGAGGAGAGGAUCUCAAAAUGUAUAAAUUUGACUACAGCACUGGCGCUGAAAUCGAAUCAUUUAAGGGACACUUUGGACCAGUCCACUGUGUGAGGUUUUCACCAGACGGAGAAUUGUAUGCGAGUGGUUCAGAAGACGGUACCUUAAGACUGUGGCAGACAAUAGUAGGCAAAACCUACGGUCUGUGGCGAUGCAUCGAACAGCCAACGAUCCAGGAAAACAAUGCAGUUCUGAACAAUAAACAAGAAGUUUCUGCCAACUGAGUUAGUUCAUCCAUGAAUGGAACUUGUGCACCACGUGAAACCGAAUCUAUUUGCCUCGAAAGUGAGGAGCGCAGACUAGAAAACUGAGUUAGGGAAUAGAUUUUGUACAAUAUACUUGUGCCGAAAUCCUUUGUACAUAUUUCAUAGACGACUAGACAAAAAUGUCGAUGUUGUUUGUUGUUCAUCUUUCAUGAGUUUCUAAGUCCACCAAGGCUUUUUACUUUACACGCUUUGGUGAAGACUUUGCUCGAAGGGAGGAAUUUGAAACAUGAGUUAGAACGACUAUUUAUUACGAACGAUUAAAAAUAAAAAUUAACAUUUAUUAAAGUUAUACAUAUGUAUUAUAUUACAAAAGUAGGUAGAGGUGUAAUGAGAAAUAAAGAAGUUUUGAAAGGUA